AUGAUUAUCAAUUCUAACCUCCCUUCGUUAAGAACUAAAGUAUUAAAUGAUGAGCUUAAAAUUAAAAAUGAAUUUUUAAAAGCUGAUAAAAUGAUUGUUUCACAGUUGGAAGCUUUGCAACGACAUCCAGAUGCAAAAUACAAAUCUCAACUUGAAGAGGAUGAAAUCAUUUCUUUACAAUUUGAAACACCACAGCGAGAUCCUUAUGCAUCUCAACUUAUUCUCAACUUAUUUUAA